AUGGAGUCCGAGUCUUUCUACAAAGAUGAUACCCCAGAGGUUGAAAGGCUAAAUCGAGCACCUAUACUAGAUCGAAGUCGACAAACUUUUGACGAAAGCGGGGAUGCUGGCAAACAGGCAUUUCGAGGCCUGGAGGGAACUAGAUCUAUAGGGAAGCUAGCAAAUGGCGAUACAACAGAGAAGGAAGCCAUGGAUCCCUCCGCACCAAAGAGACAAGGAACACUGAAUGCGCCAGUAAAGCGCCCAACGUGGGCAGACGACCGGUCACCGUUGCAAAGGCUCGAGCUGACCCUCGAUAGCAUCACCAAGGAAGAGAAACGAGCCCGUGUAGAAGCUGCUGAGCAUCGCGCAAGAGAACGAGCAGCGCGGAAAGAAAGUGUUUCAAUUCAAGAGAGGCUUCAACUUCUACCGGAGCGUCAGACUAGUCAGCCGUCUCGGUCUAGAGAUCGGCGUCAAUCCGACGCCCGGCCAGAAGAACAGCGUGCAGUUGUUGCAGAUCCAGUACCGGCGCAGCCAUCAGUGGCCGCAUCCCACGGGCCUUUGACUCGUAGCCCCCCAGAAGAAGCCAGACAGCCAUCCGAUCAAUUUCCACGCUCACAAAUUCCAGUUGCUAGGAAUCGCAAUAUCACAACAGCUGAGAAGGCUGGUAUACCCCAAGGUAACCUAAGUUUUCGUGAGAGAGCUGCUAAAAACGAUAUCAAUCUACCAAGAGAUGCAGAGAGUAGUUCACCAACGUCGCCUAUUACUCCAGUGAGCGGAGGCUUUUCUCUCACUCGUAGCGGAAGCAACAAGCUUAAGAAGAACCCUCCCGGUGACCCCUGGUAUAGCGCGCGUAAGGAGGCCGAGGAAAGAUCAACAGCUCCGUACAGACGCAAUUCGCAAAAAGAGCGAUCAAAUGAAGUGCCUAGAGAUGUGAGCAUCCCGCUAGGAACUGUCAAGCCUGGAAAUGAGAUAGAAGACCCGCCGGCACCUGUUAGGAAUGUUGUGAAAUCUGUUACAUUUCCGGAUCGGAAACAUGAGGCACAGAUGUUCGAAGAGGACGAUUACGAUUCGGAUAUGAGCGAUCAUAAACUCGGUAUCCAUGACUACAUGUAUCGGAGUAAGCUCAAGCCUGGUCGAGGGAUAUAUCAGCCACCGAAGUACUUAGAGGAAUGGAAGAAGGCUACAGUUGGAACGCUGGCAGGUCCUUUACUAGACCUAAGUGAAGGGCCUAACCCUAUUACUGAAAAGAGUAUGCCAUGGUGGGAGAGUCCUCCUAGCAGUAAGCGUAGAGCUAGUACAACGACGCGACCACUACCUGAGGCCCUCGAAGACCCUUAUGAUGAUACCAAAGGUCCGACAAGGUUUAAACCAGCAUUAUAUCUCAAAUGCGGACCGCUGCUACGUUACUGUGGCCUUCGUUACGAAAAGCCACUAGCACAAGCAAACCGUAACGACGAGGUUUCUAACCUAGAGAUAUGGAGAGGUAGCGUCAUGAUCGUCACACAAGACUCGGAGUCGUCAUAUGACAUCCCUCCGAUCCUACGGCUCUUUGUCCAGCCUAUUGAACUCCUCCCACCUCCUCCCGUAGAGCUACGUGGGGAACAGACUCUUCCACCAGAGUAUGUGGACCCAAUCGCCGGCAUACCGAAGCUCGGUAGGCGGGGAGAAACACUAUACGUACGGCCGGUGGAACACCUAGAAGAAGCUAAGGAUGUUUCGAGAUUGGAGCCAGAUGAUGGUCUAUUCGAAAUCACCAGGACUGCCCCAGACUUCAGCAACGGGCCUGAUCCUCCGGGUUCUUUUACUAGUCGUAAAAGACGGACGCAGGUUGACGGAGAGAAGCUGGGGAAGUACAAGGAUGUUCGUGGGUUCCGACUGCAUGCGGAACGAGGCCACACGUUCUGGAGAUUCAAUAUUGAAGUCGAACUCCGAGACUAUCAACAGAGAAUAGCGUACCGCAUUAACCGUGGCCCUGCCAUGAGCUUCUGGGUGCCCCCUCGGGGCGAGUCGAUGAAUAUUAUGUUCUACAGUUGCAAUGGGUUUAGCUUGAGUGUGAACCCAGAUGACUUCAGCGGGCCAGAUCCCAUGUGGCGUGAUGUGCUCAAUAAUCAUCAAACCAGACCGUUUCACGUCAUGCUUGGAGGCGGAGAUCAGCUUUACAAUGAUGCUAUCAUGCGAGAAAGCCCUCAUUUUCAUAACUGGCUAGAUAUUAAGAAUCCUCUGCACAAAAACAACGCGCCGUUAAUACCGGAGUUGCAAGAUGAGAUGGAAACGUUCUAUCUAAAUAGGUAUAUGAUGUGGUUCUCUCAAGGGUUGUUCGGCUUGGCAAAUUGCCAAAUUCCCAUGGUCAAUAUGUAUGAUGAUCAUGACAUUAUAGAUGGCUUUGGUUCCUAUCCCCACCACUUCAUGAAGUCCCCAGUAUUUAGCGGCUUGGGCAAUGUUGCAUUUAAAUACUAUAUGCUCUUCCAGCACCAGAGCUUACCAGAUGAAACCGAAACGACUGAACCGAGCUGGAUUCUAGGUGUUAAACCAGGGCCUUACAUCCGCGAGUUAAGCCGCAGUACGUUCAUGUUCCUGGGAUCUAAGAUUGCGCUGCUCGCGGUUGAUUGUCGGACUGAGCGUACAAGAGACGACGUCUUGCGGGAAAACACGUGGAAGAAGCUUAUGGACCGUUGUUAUGAUGAGAUUGUCAGGGGCAAGACGCAGCAUCUGCUCGUUCUCCUGGGGGUUCCAAUUGCCUAUCCUCGGUUAGUAUGGCUAGAGAACAUCUUGACUUCACGAUUGAUGGAUCCUAUCAAAGCCCUUGGAAAAGCGGGCAUGCUGGGCAAUUUCCUCAACCGCUUCGACGGAGGCGUUGAAGUUCUCGACGAUCUUGAUGACCACUGGACAGCUAAGAACCAUAAGGAUGAGCGAAGAGUCGUUAUCGAGGACCUCCAGGAUCUCGCUGCGGACAAGUCUAUUCGCGUGACGAUUCUAAGCGGCGAUGUGCAUCUAGCCGCUAUCGGCCAGUUCUACUCGAACCCUAAACAGGAGCUUGCUAAACACAACGACUUCCGCUAUAUGCCUAACAUCGUCUCAUCUGCCAUUGCCAACACACCGCCUCCUGACAUCAUGGCCGACAUACUCAAUAAACGGAACAAGAUUCAUCAUUUCGACAAGGAGACCGACGAGGACAUGAUUCCUAUCUUUACCAAUGGAGUAGACGGAAAGCCGCGUAACAACAAGCGUCUCCUCCCCCAUCGUAACUGGUGCUCCAUCCGUGAGUACGUGCCCGGGCAGACACCGCCACCCACACCACCACCAGAGGACUACGAAAUGACCCCCGAGGGCACUCCACCAGGCAGUCGGGGCGGUCUGUUCCGUAGAUUCUCAUCGAAAAGGAAAGGUUCUGUUCUCCGCAAGGACGGACCUCGCGACCCCGCGGACCGUUCACGUCCGCCCGUCUCCGGCAGCGGCUUCCUACGCUCGCUCUCCCGCCGCGCUUCUACCAGCGGCGGAUCGCGCCCAGGCGGACUCUUGCGCACCCUCUCGCUCGGCCGCGUCGACAACUCCCGCCCGCGUGGUAACGGCAGCGGCAGCAUCUUUGGCCGUCGGAGGAACAGCUUUGACAGGCCCGAUGACGGCGGCAUCAAUGGUGGCUGGGGCCCUGACAGCGAGGAGGACGACGAGGAGGCCAUGUACGAAGCGUCACGGGCCCGGCGCGCUCGCGCUACGACUAUGACUGCCGCACCGAUUCGGCCGGCUGUAUAUGCUCCAGCUGCACCAGAUUACUACGGGGAAGGGAGCUCCAGCGCGAACAUGGGCCGGAUGCGCGGCGGAGGCGUGGAGCGCAAUGAUGAGUACGAAGUCGGCGACGACUCGUACUUCACGGCCAAGUCGCCGCGCCGCGCGUUCACGCAGCCAACUAGGGGCGAGCACGGAGGCACAGGCGGGUUUAGUAAUAACUACAGCACUUACGACGACAACCCCAGCUCGGAGUGGGACGCGCCGCCGCGGCCGCGGCCAUUUCACCGCACGCCGACGGGGCUCACCGCGAAGCAACUGCAGGCAGCAGGGGGCGCGGCGAAAUUCGAAGUCGACCUGCAAGGUGGACUGGACGUAUGUCUCAACGUGGAGGUCAACGCGCGCGACCCGGCGGGCAUCACGGUGCCGUAUCGAUUGCUGGUUCCGAGACUGUGGUACGAGUACGAGGGCGAGGACGCAGGCGUCGGUGCGGAUACGGAGAGCCAGACCGAGCUUGAUCAGGAUCAGGGGUAUGAGCAGGGACAGGGACAGUCGCGGACCUUGUACGAUGAUAUGAUUGGUGAUGAGGAAGAGGAAGAAGAAGAGGAGAGGCCGCAGAAGGGUGUGUUGAAGCGCUUGUUUAGCGGACGGGGAAGUCAGUAUAGGGCGAGGAGGGAGUCGUCUUAG